AUGUUGACGGCAAUACCGUUUUGCUUCGAAAGCAUUGACCAGCCAUUUCUAGUAUGUAUUACUAUUCACAAGGCACGUAAUUUAUCUGUUUUAAAUGAAGACACGUUUGUGUUGGUGUCAUAUGAUGGUAAGUAUCGUCGGACGCGCACUUUUCGAAAUUCGGAUUGCCCUUAUUUCAAUGAGUAUUUUACCUUUGAAGUUAUAACGUCGUUAGAAAAUCUGCUCAAGACUAGUAUAGGUGUGGCGGUAUUUAACCAAACCUGUUGUUCGAAAAAAAAUCGCUGCGUUGGCGAAUUCUCCAUUGACUUGAAAACUAUAUGGGAAAACGCUCACCAUGCGUUUGUGCAGAAGUGGGCUGUACUAGAGAACCCCGUGUGUUCAACGGGCAGCGAAGCAAAUUCUGGAUUUUUACAGUUGGAUCUUUCAGUUGUAUCUAGUUCUCAGCCAUCCAUACCAGUAGCGUUUCCAGCAACGGAUACGGAUUUAAUUGAAGAAAACCUUCUUACGCCUUCAACGGACAACAAAAACUUACAGCGAGUUAAGUAUUGCGUUAGUAUUUUUCGAGGAAUGUUCACAGUCAAAGCAGAUUAUAUGGUUCAAGUUUCCUUCGGCGGUAUAAAGUCCAGAAUAAAAAUUGCUAACAAUUGCACAUUCCAUGAAUGGAAUGAACAACUCGUCUUCAUCGGUACGUUUCCUUCGUUAUCACAAAUGUUUAUUUUCGAUAUUUUUAUCAAUGAGUGUUGUCACAAAAGGAGCAUAGCCAGCAUAGAACUACCAUUCGACAAGCUAUCAAAACAGAUUGAUGGUGUUUACAGCCUGCCACUCUUCGGCCCAAAUUAUGUUCAUUUUUAUAACGGGCAUCAACGAUCAAAUUUCUGUGGAAGUUUACUACUAGAAAUUGCAACCGAAAUUCAUCACAACCGUUCAAUGGCUCCGACGUUAAGUAAUGCAUCUCCAAUCAUAACCACUCUGAACACAGCUACCUACUGGACGGAGACCGAGUUCCUAAUAAGAAUAGCUAUUCUUAACGUCCUUGUUUUCGAUUCCUCUAAACCUGCGAAGAUAAAGAUAUCGUUUGAUUGUCUCGCUAACAACUCACGAUCUAUCGAACUGAGCCUCGCAAAAAUGCCCCUAUCAAAGGUUCGUUUUGCUACCUUCCGUGAGUUUGACCCAUUAAAACGGCCGGUCCUAGAGGUGGCUUUCACAUGUCCCGAUUUUCGUUGGAAGCUAAUUCCUUCGACGGUAUUGCACCAAACUUGGCAGUUAAGUCGACGGUUACUGGAUAAAUAUCAGCUGUUUAGGAUCGAUAACGGUGCAAAGGCUGUUGAUGCAUUGAAGGUUGCUCUUGCUUCCGUGUGUGAUGAUAUUCAUGAAAAUCUUCUGGCCAUUAAGGGUGCCGCGUACGGUGAAUCCGACAAAAGGCUAACACACUGGGAUCAAAAGUGGUUACUGUACCUCAACGAGCAGAUUGAUUUGGUCAUCACAUCUUUACAUGAAAUGCAAAUAAAAUCUAGUAAAGCUUCGACUGCCGACGAAGUACAACUAAUCCACAAUAAUCUGAUUGACGUAAUAACUUUUCUGUCAAAAAUCUACGCUGAUAAUCAAAAUUCAUUUCCAGUGGGGUUUAUCCGUCUACAACAGACCCCUGAACACCGAAAAUGUUGUAAUCAAAACUCAGCUGAAGCAUGCACUAUGAGCUGUGCAAAUUUCAGUGCAAUCUGUCCGAUAGACAUUGUCGAUUAUCUUCAAACCCACGCAACUGGGGUCUCCGCCGAAAGUGAAACUGGCAUUAAAUGCGUCAAACGGCGCUCAAUAUUAGCAAAGCCAUUUAUGUGUCAACAUUCCUGCGCUCCAGAAUGGUGUGGGUGUGUGUAUGCCAAGCUAGAUGUAGCUAUCCGGGUAGGCACUUCUCAGGAAGCAGCCGAAUGGGAUAAACGGGAAAACUCUGACCAAAACAAGGACCGUUCGUCGCGACCGCAGUCAAUUCAGUGUCACCCGUCUGCGGUGGCAAUGAAAUGCACCGUCAAUGUACAUCAAGCGAAAAUACAAGCCGGAUUCGAUUCCAGCGGUUUGAGUGACCCGAAACUGAUUGUGUUUUUCGAGCAGGCAGAAAUGGCAACCUCUGUAAUACCACAAACGUUAUCCCCACUAUGGAAUGAAGUAUUUGAAUUUCGUAACGUUAGAAUGCUGGAAUGUGAAAACUGGUUUCAAACUGACGAAUCAACUAUAAUGCUGCAAUUACACGAUGAAGACAAACGUAUGUGUUCACAACAAUCGAAUGAAUUAGUUGGUAUUGGUUGCUAUAAAUGUACUCCCAAGACGGUAAUCGAAAUAUCUUCGGAUGAUGUCAACGAAACAUUUCAUUACGAUCACGCAGGUAAAACGUUAUUAUCGGCAAAUCAAUCUCCAUUACUAGUAGAUAGCGAGCAAGCCGAAAAUGACCAGCCUUCUAUUAAGGAACGCAAACCGGAUAGCACACUAGACCAACGCCCUCUGGAGAUGUGCAAUAAAACAAAAAUCAAGCGCUCUUCGCUUCUUGACCUGUGGCAGAAGUUCAACGCUCGUAAGGAUAUCGUUUUACGUUGGGUGGGAGUUUAUCAAAAUGGUCAACGUUUGGCCGCUAUUCUGAUGUCUGUACAAUUGGAUCAGAUGAAAUUUGAUGUUCAAGAGACAGAAUUGGUUAAUCGUAUUCAAGGUCUUUCGGCAGAUAUAGUACCAAUUACAGAAAAAUAUCGUGUUGAAGUUCUGUUUGCUGGUCUUAGACAGUUUGACAAAGGUAAAACUAAUAGUAUCGGAAGGUUUCGAGCCCAAAUAAAAUUUGGAGAACUCAAGCUAUCGAGUGGAAUCUCGUGUAAAAACUCAGGCAAAGCGAUUAAUUUUCUGGACGUUUAUACUACUGGGUUUCUCAUGCUUCCUGUAAAACAAGAAUACUGGCCACCGAUAAUUAUUCAACAUGUUGAUUGUUCUUAUGGCAAUAAAGAAAAAAUAGUCGGUGCAUACACUAUCGAAAAUCCAGAAUCUUUAUUGGUUACACAGAACAGUGAAUCUAUCCAUUAUUAUCUGGUCCGCUCUUCCGGUGCUUCAAUAAACGACAGACGUCAAACAAUUUCCUCGGAGACAUAUUGCCCUGCUGACGAAAAUUAUCCACUAGUUAAAGCCGGCAAUCGUGAAACGUCCUUGCUAAGAAAAAAAAUUAGACCAGCUUUACUCGCCGCCGCAGCGGUUGUGAAGGACAAAUUCAUAUCCGGGACAAACGUCGGGAAGCAAACCGACGCUGCUGCUUUUAGACGUGGUUCUCUAGAGGCUGAAUACACCUGGUGGACAAAGUUUUACAAUAGUUGCAGCUCCCAGCCGUCCGAUUUUAAACACAAAUUGAAGAUUUAUUCUUGUGAACUUGAGAAGGUCAUUGAGUUUGAAAAUUUUCAAGACUGGAGCUCGAAAUAUGGAUUGGUUAAGAGACUACAGAAACACACCUUUCAGUCGGCAAGAUCGUACGCUCAUUUGAAGUGCAAAAUUUGGAUAACACCGUCCAGCGAGGAUAGGCUACACUCUAAACAGCUAAAUCCUCUUUCACAUUUAAGGCUCCGUUCCAUCCCGACUCUUACCACUAAUCCUCAUGUUAUCGUGGUUGUUUAUAUCGUCCAGGGUUUGAACCUGCGAUCCCGGGAUAUUUUCAGCUUAUCGGAUGCUUAUGUAACAAUAGAAUACGGCAAGCAAAAAAUCGUCGAUCGACCUAAUUAUGUUAAAGAUCGUUCGAAUCCCUUAUUUGGACGCAGAUUUGUACUGCAUGGACUAAUACCCAAGGACCAAACCUUGAGAAUAUCCGUCAUUGAUCGAGACACUUGCUCGCCAGAUGAUUUGAUUGGGAUGACGGAAAUCGAUAUCGAAGAUCGCUUUCGAAGUCGGCACUUCGCGUCUUUAGGCUUACCCGAGGAGUACAAUCCUACUGGUUACAAUGCAUGGAGGCAUCCUCUGAGUCCCAGCGAGUUGUUAAAACAAAUGUGUCUUGAAAGCGGAAUCAUUGCUCCAAACUAUGUUGGAAACUCCGUCCAAUUAGCAGGACAAACAUUUUAUGACAAUAGCACAAUAUCUAUUGCUGAAAGCCUCCGUGAACGUUUAGCCCUAAGUGCUCUGAAAAAAUUCGAUCAAGUGCCCGUUCUUGGCUGCCACUUGGUUCCCGAACACGUUGAAACUAGAACACUCUAUCACUCGGAUCAUCCAGGAAUUGAGCAAGGAAAGCUGCAACUUUGGACGGAAAUCUAUCCCGCGGGAGUUGUUCCUACCCUGGUGGAUAUAACCCCCAACCCACCCAAGCCUUACGAAUUACGGGUCAUUGUUUGGAACACUGCUGAUGUGAUACUCGACGAGAAAAACAUUUUCGGCACAAAAAUGAGCGAUAUCUACGUUAAGUGCUGGCUGCAGAGCGUCGAAGAAGCUCAGCUAACCGAUAUACACUACAGGUCAUUGGACGGAACGGGAAACUUCAACUGGCGUAUGGUUUUUCCGCUUAAUUACUCCAGCGCCGAAACCAUGAUGGUGGUGACGCGGAAAAAAAGUUUUUACGAGCAACUUGAAACCGAAGAGAAAGUUCCUCCGUUGCUCACGGUUCAGGUAUGGGAUAAUGAUCUGUUUUCGCGGGAUGACUUUUUGGGAACAUUAAAUUUGAACUUAGCACAACUACCCCAACCGGCGACGAAACCUAGCAAGUGUGUUCUUCAAACGACAAUCAUGUCCAGCUGUCAAAGUUUCAAUCUAUUUCGUGUUGAGAAGCUGCGCGGCUGGUAUCCCAUUGUGGGCAAAGUAGACAACAAAAUCAUUCAAACGGGCAAAAUUGAAUUGGAACUACAAGUGCUGACCGAGGAGGAAGCCAUUCUGAGACCCGCUGGAAAAGGUAGAAAACCUCCACAAAGUUUAGCUGCCCCCAGCCGACCGGACGCAUCCUUCAACUGGUACCGCAACCCACUCAAAUCCUUGCGGCUAAUCGUGUGGCCGCGUGCCCGUCGGGCAAUCAUUAUCGGCUCUGUCAUAGCACUCGUCGUACUCGUCUGCAUCGGAGUAAUUUCCAAUUUUCCCGCCUCUGUAGUGAAUAAAGCUUUCGCUAGAAAGGCUUCCCUGGAGAGAAUUGUGCGAACCGGCAUGGAGUGGGAGAAUACAUAAGAAGCGAUGCAGUCGUGUGUAGCUAUCGGCACUUCUGUAGUAACAUCGUGCAGUGAAGAAAAAAUCCAAAGUUUUAGUUGCCACACAAUUAAUAGAACAAAUGCUACUUAAAAAGAGUCAUCUGAAAAUUGCUUGGUCGAAAGUAUACAAUCACUCAGGCUCAGGUAAUAACAAAGGAUAUGUUGAAGUAAGGUGUAUGAGAAAGUUAAAAACACUACAACCGGACUAUACUCCUAAAGCUUCGAGUUUGUCGAACUGUUCAUGGCAACAAGACUUAUCGUGUGGAUCUCGUAAGCAUUA